AUGACAAAGGGCACGAGCAGCUUCGGUAAGAAAAACAAGCACAACCAUACGUUCUGUAUACGAUGCGGUAAGACAAGUUUCAACAAGCAGAAGCGUACUUGCUCAGCGUGUGCAUAUCCGGCGCCCAAGUGGAAGCGACCAGCAGGUUACAAGGCUAAGCAGCGGAAGAACGUCAACAUACGCAAUAGGCACAUGAAGAGAUCGUUGAAGUCGGCCAGGUCUGGAUUUAAGGGAGAUCCCGUUAUGAAGGCAAUUCUAAGCAAAUAUGAAGUUAAAAAUUAAAAGAAUUUAUUGAUAA